UUUAUAAUCAGAACCUUAAAUAUAUAAACUCAAAAAUUACUUUUUGAAAACUAAAACAACUUUUUUAUAAGUUUUAUUAUAUUUUUUUAUAAUAAAAUAUUAUUUUAAAACAAUAAUUAAAUUAAAUAUUAAAUAAUACUACUUAUCUCUAUGUACACAUGCCUACUGAUGAAAAAUUCAUUUUUACUUAACUGGAUGUCACAUAAUAGACAUUGCAUUUUUCCCUUAACAGGACAUUUUGCAUAUAUUAAUAGGAACGUUUUUAUAUAUUUCAUUCAAAUUAAAAUAAAGGCAUUUUUUUUUUCAAAUAAUCUUCACAAAUUGUAUUUUUAUAUAAGUACAGUAUUAACUUAUUUAGUUAAUAAAAAUAUUAUUUUCUCGUAGUAAAAAUUAUAUAAAGUACUCUUAAGUAGUAAGCAAUCAAAUCAAGUCAGCAAAUUGAUCCUAUUUUUUUUUUAAUGUUUCUUUAUAAGUUAGAUUCCAAAAAUUAUCCUAAAAAACUUAAAAUCCAAUUGUAUGAUUAAAGUAAUUAUGUGCAGUGUGCACCUAGGUUAAUCUACAUUAUUUUACGGUCUAUCCCCGUUCAAUAUAAAAGGCAAACAAGAAUAAUAAAUAAUAAUAAUAUUUCAAGGUUUUUUUGUAACAGAUCUCAAAAAAAUAAUUUUAAAAAAUCACAUCAAUUAAACUCACGAUAAGUAUAAAAUAUGUUGAUGAUCGUCAACAUAUUUUAUAUUAUGAUGUAGUGUUUUGGUUAAGAUAACUUUGCUAUUUAAAGUGACAUUCAGAUAAAUUUGUGUCAGUUACGAAAUAAAUAUUUUUCUGGAAUAGAGCAUAAAAUGGUGAAAACAAGAAAAUAUAUAGUUAAAAGAUACUUUGAGGGAAUUCCAAAACGUGAUGAUUUCGAAAUUGUAGAAUACGAAUUACCUUCACUUCAGGAUGGUGAUAUUCUUCUGAAGACUGAAUGGAUCAGUGUAGAUCCAUACUUGAGACUGUUUAACAAAAUGCAUCCUGUACCGUUUGACCAAUUCUCGCCUCAAAUAGCAACGGUCGAAGAAUCUAAGCAUCCUAAAUAUCCAGUUGGUACAAAGCUCCUUUCAAACAAGGGCUGGUGUGAAUAUUCCAUCCUUAACAUGAAUAUACGUGAUCAAAGUCUAGGUGUGCACAGAUUACCAGAUAUGAACGGUUUAUCGAGUUCCUUAGGCGUUGGAGUAAUGGGUCCGUCAGGUGUAACUGCAUAUUUUGGAUUACUUGAAAUAUGCAAACCAGUGGCUGGUGAAACUGUCGUAGUCACUGUUGCAGCGGGCGCUGUAGGAUCCAUAGUUGGACAAAUCGCUAAAAUAAAAGGAUGUAGAGUAGUUGGUUUCACAGGUUCGGAUGAAAAAGUCAAUUGGCUGGAAAAGGAGCUAGGCUUCGAUAAAGCGUUCAAUUACAAAACAGUUGAUAUUGAAAAGUCUCUCAAGGAAGCGACACCGAAAGGCAUAGAUUGCUACUUCGAUAAUGUCGGAGGCCAAAUUAGCAGCAUAAUUAUCAGUCAAAUGAAUGACUUUGGGAGGGUCUCUAUAUGUGGCUGUAUUAGUGCAUACAAUGAAGACUUUGCAAAAUUACCGAAAGCUACAAUUGUACAAGUAGCUGUUGUUACUAAGCAAUUAAAAAUUGAAGGUUUUCUAUGUCACCGCUGGGAAAAUCGAUUUUCUGAAGCAUAUAAAGAGUUACAUCAAUGGAUUGUGUCUGGAAAACUUAAAGUUCGAGAGCACGUGACGGAGGGUUUUGACAACAUUUUUGAUGCAUUUUUAGGGUUGUUCAGUGGUGAAAAUGUGGGUAAAGCAGUAGUAAAAUUAUAAU